AUGACAACAUCCCAUAUGAAUGGGCAUGUUACUGAGGAAUCAGACGGCGAAGUAAAAAAUGUUGAUCUUGCAUCACCAGAGGAACAUCAGAAGCACCGAGAGAUGGCUGUUGACUGCCCUGGAGAUUUGGGCACCAGGAUGAUGCCUUUGCGUCGAAGUGCACAGUUGGAGCGUAUUCGGCAACAACAGGAGGACAUGAGGCGUAGGCGAGAGGAAGAAGGGAAAAAACAAGAACUUGACCUUAAUUCUUCCAUGAGACUUAAGAAACUAGCCCAAAUGCCUCCAAAGACUGGAAUAGAUAACCCUAUAUUUGAUACAGAAGAAGGAAUUGUCUUAGAAAGUCCUCAUUAUGCUGUGAAAAUAUUAGAAGUGGAAGACUUAUUUUCUUCACUUAAACAUAUUCAACAUACUUUGGUAGAUUCUCAGAGCCAGGAGGAUAUUUCACUACUUUUACAACUUGUACAAAAUAAAGAUUUCCAGAAUGCAUUUAAAAUACACAACGCUGUCACAGUACACAUGAGCAAGGCCAGUCCUCCAUUUCCUCUUAUCUCUAACGCACAAGAUCUUGCACAAGAGGUACAAAUUAUCUUGAAGACAAUCCACCAGAAGGAAGGGCAAGAAUUAACUGCUUUACUGAAUGCUCCACAUAUUCAGGCACUUUUACUGGCCCAUGAUAAGGUUGCAGAGCAGGAAAUGCAGCUAGAGCCCAUUACAACUGAGAGAGUUUAUGAAAGCGUUGGCCAGUACGGAGGAGAAACUGUAAAAAUAGUCCGUAUAGAAAAGGCUCGAGAUAUUCCAUUGGGUGCUACAGUUCGUAAUGAAAUGGAUUCUGUCAUCAUUAGUCGGAUAGUAAAAGGGGGUGCUGCAGAGAAAAGUGGUCUUUUACAUGAAGGAGAUGAAGUUCUGGAGAUUAAUGGCAUUGAAAUUCGGGGAAAAGAUGUAAAUGAGGUUUUUGACUUGUUGUCUGAUAUGCAUGGUACUUUGACAUUUGUUCUGAUCCCCAGUCAACAGAUCAAGCCUCCUCCUGCCAAGGAAACUGUAAUCCAUGUAAAAGCUCAUUUUGAUUAUGACCCUUCAGAUGACCCAUAUGUUCCAUGUCGAGAGUUAGGUCUCUCUUUUCAAAAAGGGGAUAUACUUCAUGUGAUCAGCCAGGAAGAUCCAAACUGGUGGCAGGCCUACAGGGAUGGGGAUGAAGAUAAUCAGCCUCUAGCUGGGCUUGUUCCAGGGAAAAGCUUUCAACAGCAAAGGGAAGCCAUGAAGCAAACAAUAGAAGAAGACAAGGAGCCAGAAAAAUCAGGAAAACUAUGGUGUGCAAAGAAGAAUAAAAAGAAGAGAAAGAAGGUAUUAUAUAAUGCCAAUAAAAAUGAUGACUAUGACAAUGAAGAAAUCUUAACUUAUGAGGAAAUGUCACUUUAUCAUCAGCCAGCAAAUAGGAAAAGACCUAUCAUUUUGAUUGGCCCACAGAACUGUGGCCAGAAUGAAUUACGUCAGAGGCUCAUGAACAAAGAGAAAGACCGCUUUGCAGCCGCAGUUCCUCAUACAACUCGCAAUAGGCGAGACCAUGAAGUAGCCGGUAGAGAUUACCACUUUGUUUCUCGGCAAGCAUUUGAAGCAGACAUAGCAGCUGGAAAGUUCAUUGAGCAUGGUGAAUUUGAGAAAAAUCUGUAUGGAACCAGCAUAGAUUCCGUACGGCAAGUGAUCAACUCCGGAAAAAUAUGUCUUUUAAGUCUUCGUACACAGUCAUUGAAGACUCUCCGGAAUUCUGACUUGAAACCAUAUAUUAUUUUUAUUGCCCCCCCUUCUCAAGAAAGACUUCGGGCAUUGUUGGCCAAAGAGGGCAAGAAUCCAAAGCCAGAAGAGUUGAGAGAAAUCAUUGAGAAAACUCGAGAGAUGGAGCAGAACAAUGGUCACUACUUUGACACGGCGAUUGUGAAUUCAGAUCUUGAUAAAGCCUAUCAGGAAUUACUUAGGUUAAUUAACAAACUUGAUACUGAACCUCAGUGGGUGCCGUCCACUUGGCUGAGGUGA